CUGCUUUGUCCUCUGUAACCCGCCGUUUUGUCUUUCCCCGAGUCCAGUGCAAUUAAUGAUUCUAGGUUUGUGUAAAAGCUGAGUAAAUCCUACACUACAAAGCUUAAACAUUAUUCCCAUAUCAGUCAGGCUACAGCUAGUGCUCAGAUCAUUAAAACGUUUCGACGAAUUAGCAUCAUAAAAAUUCAAAUGCCUUCAGACCUCUCUGGCUAUGUUUGUGUGGUUACAGGAGCUAGUCGUGGUGUCGGCCAAGGUAUAGCUAUCGGCCUUGGUAAAGCAGGAGCUACCGUUUACCUUACUGGAAGAACACUUUCAGCAGAAAAUGGUAAAGGAGGAGUUAGUCUCCGUGAUACUGCCCAUAUUAUUAAUGCAUCAGGCGGAAAAGCAAUCACUGUUGCUGUGGAUCAUUCUGAUGAUACACAAGUUGCAGGACUAUUUUCUCGUAUUCAUAAAGAACAAUAUGGUCGUUUAGAUAUAUUUGUAAAUUGUGCAUUUAGUGCAACUGAUUAUUUAUUGGAUAAUAAUAAUUCACCAUAUUGGGAAUCUAAACUUCGUCCAAAUGAAGAAUGGGAUUUAAUUAAUCGAGUUGGACUUCGUAAUGCAUAUAUAUGUAAUGUAUUAGCUACACGUAUGAUGAUAAAAUGUCGUGAAGAAUCAAUGGAUUUAACAAAGAAUAAUGAUGAAAAUGUAUAUAAUCAUUCUAACAGUAUAACAACUUCACUUAUUCAUAAUAAACCAUUACCUACAGGAUUAAUUGUAAACAUUUCUAGUUUCGGUGGAAUUACAAGGAUAUUUAAUGCUGCAUUUUGUGCAGGUAAAUCAUCUUUGGAUCGACUUAGUCAAGAAAUGGCACGUGAUCUGAAAGAACAUAAUGCAAAUAUUAGCAUUGUCAGUAUUAUACCUGGACUUAUACAAACAGAAUCAGUUGUUUCAGCCUAUGAAAGUGGCAAUUCAGUUAAAUUGUUUGGAUAUGAUGCCAGUUUAAGAAUGGCUAUGCCAGCUCCUAUUCUUGGUGAUGUAAUUGCAUGUUUAGCUCAACAAUCAAAUAAUAAGAAAUUACUUCAAUAUUCUGGUCAUUGUUUAUUUGCUCCUGAUUUAGCUACAGAAUUUGGUAUAAAAUCAUAUGAUGGUUAUAAUUUUACAAAUUUACGUUCUAUUAAAGGAUUAUUACAAUUAAUUGGUUGGAAACAUUUAGCUGUUUUAUUUCCAGGAUUUGUUAAAAUCCCUUAUUGGUUAAUUGCUAUAGUGACAUCGAAAUUUUAAAGUAUCCCGUUAUUAGUGAUAGUUUAUCUUUUAGCAUUUAACUCAUUUGAGACUGUCUUUUUCUAUUUACAUAAUGUAUAUGAAAUAGAACUAUAUUCAUCCGUCUACUUAUAUAAUUUAUCAGUAGUAUGAUAAACUUUUGCAAUAGUCCUUUUUUAGUUGUUUUUUUUUCUUCGAACAAUAAAUUCUUUGUAUUGAUAAACUACAAUCUCUUUUCCUGUGCUAAUGUGGUAUGGCAACUCGAACUGAUGUACGUACGUACAAAGUUCGACGUUGUUACUGACUGACAAUCUCUUUUCAAUUAACUCUAAUAUUCCAUUAUUUAUAAUUGUAUUACUACUAACAAUACUAUUAUGACUAUUGUUGUUUUACAAUAUAUUCAAAAGGUUUGUAUACACUGUUCAAUGUUUUCAACAUUUAUAUAUCUAUUGUUCAACUGUGAAAUGAUAAAGGCAGCAAUUUUCUAAUUUCUUUCUGUUAUUCGGUAAAAAACAGAUUAAUUUACCUCAUUAUUGUCUAUAAUCAUUAUAUGUAUACUUUUUUUAGUCUUCAUCAUCCAUCAUCUUCUUUAUAUUGAAUGGUCAUCAUCAUAGAUCUUUUUCAUUUCAGAACAAAUUUUUAUUAUAAUCUUGAUGGAAUCUUGUUCUGUGAGCUAGAUGGUUUAGAGCUUUCAUCGUUCUUUUGAACGACAUCAUCGAAUUUCUCCACAUAUGGUUCACAACUUGUUCUGUAAACUUCGAUGUUGAUUAGUUCUUAUUAUAAUCGUAUAAUUUUCAGUUAACAAUAAUAUCAGUUAUUGCUUAUCAUACAAGUUGUUUACGUUUAUUACCUAUUAUCUUACUUGUAUAUGUAUGACAAGUUUUUUUUUUGUUGUUUACUUUCUAUUGUUCUGUUUCAUUAUCCUUGUGGUUAAGUUUAUAUUAUAUAAAUUUCCGUUAACAAAACAACUAUUACGAAAUAAGUUCA